UUGUUGUUGCGGCUGGCGGUUCCCAGGCUAAAGAAUGUUGUCAGCUGACCAGAAGUGAAGUUUGCUGUGAAAUGGAUUUGUGUGUUAAUGUUACACUUCUGCAGAAGACAGAGGUAACAGUCAGUGAACCACCAACAGUGAGCAUUACAGGAUUUUUACAGUUGGCCUGAUCUCUACCGGGACAGAGACUAUGGCUUCACAACGAACACUGUCUGUUUUGUCUCUUCUGGGCAGCCACAAGUAAAUCUUUCUGUUCAACACUUGCUGUUCCUCUCAACCUUCCCCUUUUUCCUUCAUCCUCUAUUUCCUGUUUGACAUCUGUAAGAAUGGACGGCACAGGGCCGUCGCAGCCCAGCCUCAACUCUUCCUAUAUUCCAGCUGCUCUUGGCAACCACCAAAUAUCUGAGGAUGAGGAAGGUGAGGAUGAGAGUCCUUCCUCUUCACUCCUGCCUAAGCAUUCCUCAGUGCCUCUGGCUGUGCGCUACAGUCCAGAGGACUCUUACUGUUUGGUGUACAUUAUUUUCUUUCUGAUGGGCAUCGGCUCCCUGCUGCCAUGGAACUUCUUCAUAACAGCCAAGCACUACUGGCAGUACAAACUGAGUAACAACACUCAUCGCAGUGGCAGUGAGGAGCAGCGUUCAGAUCUCAGUGAAUACUUUGAAAGCUAUCUCUCCAUUGCCUCCACGGUGCCCUCUGUGCUUUGUCUGAUACUCAACUAUCUUCUAGUUAACAGGUUGUCUCCAAGUGUGCGGAUUCUAUCUUCUCUUUUUGUCAUCCUUCUGGUGUUUGUGGUGACCACGGUGCUGGUGAAGGUGGAUGUGUCCGACUGCAGGGUGGAGUUCUUUACUGGCACGCUGGUCAGUGUGGCUGUCGUCAGCGGAGCCUCCAAUCUUUUCUCUGGCAGCGUGUUCGGGAUCAGUGGGCAUUUCCCCAUGAGGAUUUCUCAGGCCCUUAUAUCAGGCCAGGCCAUGGGAGGCACGCUGAGUGCAAUAGCAUCAAUUGUGGACCUGGCAGCGGCGAAGGAUGUGACAGACAGCGCUCUGGCCUACUUCCUGACAGCCGACAUCAUCAUCUUGCUCUGUAUCGUCUCAUAUCUGCUGCUACCCAGGCUGGCAUAUUCGAGACACUACAUGCUGGCAGCAACAUGCACUAGUCCAGGAGGGAUGAGUGAGGGGUGUGCAACAGCAGGUACAGGGAUAGUCUCUGUCCCACCACUGCAGCCUAUCCUCAGAAAGACAUGGACACUCGGCCUGAGCGUCUUCUAUGUCUUCUGUGUCUCUAUCAUGGUGUUCCCUGCCGUGUCCUCUGGGAUCCAGUCUGUCCACAAAGACAGCAGCAACCCCUGGACAACCACUUACUUUGUGCCCCUGACCAGUUUCCUCCUGUACAACGCAGCUGACUUCUGCGGCAGGCAGACCACAGCUUGGCUGCAGGUCCCUGGUCCCACCAGCCGGGUCUUGCCCUUACUGGUGUUGUGUCGCUCCAUCAUGGUGCCACUCCUCAUGUUGUGCAACUAUCAGCCGAGGGACCACCUCCACACUGUACUUUUCACCCAUGACGUGUACCCUGUCAUCUUCAACUGUCUGCUAGGCCUCUCUAAUGGCUACCUAGGCACAUUGCCAAUGAUUUAUGGCCCAAAGGUGGUACCUCGGGAGUUGGCAGAGGCCACGGGAGUGGUCAUGUCCUUCUUUCUUACUCUCGGUCUGGCUGUUGGAUCUGCUUUAUCCGUUCUUAUUGUGCACUUGAUCUGACCAGCCUGUUAAGCUGAACAGUGAUGAACACCAGCACAUCAAAGCACUGUGACUUACAGUGCUAGUAAAGCCAGUUGUCUGCCAUGAGGGAAAGGUGCUGAUAAGCUUCUAAAUUCCACUCUGAACCAAGCCUUAAUUCAUUUAUACCUCAGAUUAAUAAUAUGUGUGAUGUUUACACUGAUUUGGUUCAUGACAUGAGCCUUAGGGCUGCGUCUGCCUCGGUCUCUACAGUGUAAAGAUCAGGAAGUAACUCUUAUUUGGUUUAAGGGGUGAAAAAAUGUGGUACAACAUAAGUUGUUAGGCAGAGGGUGUUAAAUGUUAUUUUAGUUCAACUGCGAUAAAAUAAUAUUCUUGUUGAUGGGUACAUCUGGAACAACAAAUCUGUUGUUGAUGGACAUGCUAUUGAUUUGUGACUCCUGUCUGUAAAGUUUGAAGCAUCUGAGCUUCAUCACACCUUAUAAACAGAAGAAGAAGUUCAAUUCACAACUCUUGGAUUUCUUUCAUCAUUUUCAAAUAUGCACUUGGGCUGCCGUUAGCAUUGCACAAUUACAGGAAUAUUCCAAGUGGAAACUUUCCAUUGGGAGUAAAAUGGAAUUACAGAGGGGUAAUUUGUUCAGAUAGAAACAAACCCUUCACCAUAUCAUGAUUGUAAACUCUUCUAAUAGAAAUGAAAGAAAAGCUGAAUUGAACUUUCAAUUAGCUGAUUUCUGCCAAAAGUUGAUGAAAAUAGAUUAACUCUCGUGAAGCUACACCCCACAUGCUAACAGCUAGCUAGUAAAAAUUAGCAGGUGUCCACAAGUUAUAAACUGUUUAUUUUUUAGGCUACUAUAAAAAUAUAUUCACUCCAGUAAUAAAACCAAGUGUUGACUGAAGGCCUGUAGUCCUUUCGAUCAGACAGUGCUGGCUGCACGUGAUGGGAAAAUGUGCUGAGCAUGCAGAGGGUUUUAUUUUUGCUGAAUUCCAAUUUGAUGGGGUGAAGAACACAUGACGUACAUGUACAUGUGAUAGGUAAAUGUGCUGAGGAUUUUAAAUUCAAUUAAAUGCCCAGACCUUUAACUAAAACGUCAUAAGAUCUAGUAUUGCUUUUUUUUUCACUACCCACCCACACGUUUGUUAUAGGUAGUUAAAGGUACCUCUUUUGUAUUAAAAAUGUGCAAACUGUCUUAACUUACUGACCCUUUACUACUCUAUAUGCAUUUUUUUUUUUUUAGAAGUGACAGAAAGUAACCUUGUAAAUAUUAACCUGUAAUCUUAAUAUUUUUACAAAGGAUUUAUGUAUAGCAUUUUUGCACCUUUAGCUAAAUCUGUUAGAAAUAAAUGUACAUUACUUAGUACCACUCUCUAAAAUGUUAAACUUAGCUGAACGCAACUUUUUAAAUCCUCCACAAGUUAAUGAUCUUCUUGUAGUGAGAAGGAUAAAGGUAAAUUCCUAAUUGAAAAAAAUGAUCUAAAGACUUACUGAAACCUAUUCAGUUAAGCAUAGUAAAGAGCAAAUGACCCAGACAUGACUUCAGAAUGUUAGAGAUCAUUAUGUAAUAAACAAACUAGUAGGUUUAUGACAAGUUUGGGAAAAGGCAAAAUUCGGUUCACAGUAAAAGAAAAAAUGAGACAGAGUGGAUUGGGAUCAUUUUAUUGUUAAAAAUUUACAGAUCACCCAGUCGACUUGAAGCAGAAAACAAUUGAAUUUGUGACGCUAUCUGUAGGUUAGAAACUCGGUGAUUUACAAACAGCAGGAAGAGUGCAAACAAUGGGAGGUGAGGGGGAGGCAUAGACUCUCGGAAUAAUUGCCUCCAUAUCAGCUCCUUAAAACAUGAACACAAACACUUUCUACAAAAUAUAAAUUGUUUUAAGGAUCAUACUGCUAAAAGUACUGCAGUCAUUCUUAACACAAUGAGCCAUCUCUCCUGUUUGCAAUCAGGAAUCACAUCAAGCUGGGGGGGGGGGGUCUGAAUACCCGACAGAAGG